AUGAUGUCUUGGUUAGCUGUACUCCUCAUCCUCCGGUUCGUCGUAGUCUGGGCAGCUUGUCCUACCUGCGACACCAGUAAUUGCGUCGUGUUUUGUAUGAACCCUGUACCGGAUCCAUGUGGCUGCUGUCCAUUCUUAUGCGGCAACAAGGAGGAUGAAUCUUGCUCUGCGAACGAACCUUGUAGCAGGGAUCUUGUUUGUACCAAUACCACUGCAGGUGAAAAAUGUCUAUGCCGGAUCGACAAACGAAUGGUAUGCGGCAGUAAUAAUGUCACUUAUAAUUCUCUCUGUCAUAUGAACAACGACGAAACACAAAAAGUAAUUUUCAAGCAUUGGGGGCCAUGCCAGUUCGGGCCUCUUAUACAGUCUGGGCCAAUGGAGACUAAAUCACAGCUAGGCAUGCCGGUAACUCUUGAUUGUGAAGCCAAAGGAUCACCUGUGCCAUCUAUAACUUGGACCUUUAAAGGAAAAGACGGGGUUACUAAAAUCCUUCCAGGAGACGAUCAGCAAGUAGCCAUCCAAGUCCGCGGAGGCCCGGAACUCCUCAUGGUUACAUCCUGGGUGCAGAUCGUGGAGGCUUUGCCUUCGAACGAAGGUGUCUACACCUGCGAAGCAACCAGCCCAAGAGGUUCGGUGAAAGCAGAAGCCACUCUCUUGGUCAGGCCAUUGGCUUGA